AAAAGAUUUUCAUAAUGUAAGAUACAUUUAUUUGACUUACUUUCGAACCCAUAAAAGUGCCUUACCUUGGAUUAUGCCUGAAAGAUGUCUUUCAAUGACUUGAGUUCACUCAGGAAUUUUUUACUUGAACUGUGAAUGAUAGAACUGGACGCUUCCCCAAAGAAGGGUCGAUGGGAGGAGGUGACCAGUUUAUUACCUUCUUCCAAGUGCACUAUUGGUAACAAACCCUUUGAGAUGAAUAAAGCCAGUGGAGUGCUUUGCAUUGAUAUUGAAAAUUUAGGUUCAUUCGGAGGAAACCAACAGUCAAAUUAUUUUAGUCCGUUACAACCACAUUAUAGUAUAACGUUCAAAGACUAUCCUUCCGAAUACGGAGCACUACCUCAGGCCGAUUGUGCAGCAUCAAAUGUUGAAUUUCUUUCAUAUCCUCAUUCCAUGGCCGAUUCACAAGGCAAUCGUGACGAACUCAGCACUCCAAUAACAAUAACUGGAUUUGAUAAUUCUUCUGGCAUAAGCGCGGAUUCCUAUUUAUCUAAUCAAUUCAAUGAUAUUUCACAACAAUUACCUGGUCAUAAUCCUUUCUAUGCAUUUGAACAAUCCAAUUUAAUAAUUCCCAAUCCACUUCAUUCACAUCCUCAUCCAUCUCAUCAUCAUAUUCAUCAUCAUCAUCAUGAACAUCAACAUUAUGGUAUGGAUCAAUCAACAGAUCAACUACACAAUUCUAAUAAUGAUAAUAUAAUUCCUAAUGAAAUUUCAACUAAUACAAUUCCUCAUGGUGAUUAUGCAUUAACACAACAACAAAAAAAUGAAUUAUAUUCAUCAAUAUUUUCAGAAUCGAAUUAUUUUCUAUCAAAUACCACGGUAAAUACUUUAUCAAAUGUACAAUAUUCUAAUUCAAAAUGUAUUCAACAGCAUAUACCUGAAUCAUAUCAAUCAGUGAUAUGGUUAAAUCAAGAACAUUCACAAAUACAAUUACAAGAACAUUUACAUUAUACAUCGGAUGGAAUAAUUACAACACAUAAUCAUAAUCAUAAUUACCCAUUAAUAAUUAAUAAUGAGAAUAAUGAGAACAUGAAUAAAAAUUGUAAUGAAUUAUCAAAUAUUAAAGUAAAUAAUACAGAAAUGGAUAGUGUUUUACCUGUUCCAAUCGAGACUGUGUCAACCACCAUGACUGAUGGUAAAAAUAUUCAUGUUCAAGACAGUGAUAAUGAUGUUAUCAUGAUGCGACCUUUAGUUGAACAGUCAAAUCAUUUUGAAACAUCUAACCAUUUAUCUGGGAAUACUGUGAUAUCAAAUGAUUUAAUUGAUAAUAUCUAUUGUAAUAAUAACAAUAAUAAUAAUAAUGAGACUACUGUUACUGCUGCCAAUAAUAAUAAUAAUCAUUAUGAUACAAAUAUAAUUCCAUUACAAAUUUAUCCUACAAUAUUUCAACCAAAUUAUUCACCGGCUACAUCAUCAUCAUUAUCUUCAUCGUCGUCCUCUUGUUCAUCUUCUUCAUUUUCAUCAUUAUCAUCAUUGUCAUCUUCAAUGGUAUUAUGCACAGAAACAUUAACAAUAACUCCAGCAACAGCAAAAUCAUCAUUAGUAACAACAACCACAACAAACAUUUCACCUUCAUCUUCAUAUUAUACAAAUCAAGAUUAUAAAUUGACUGGUUUGAAUUUUCACCAACAACAUUUAAAAUCGAACAAUCAUACUGAUUGUAAUAACACUCUGGUUACUAAUAAUGUUAAUAGUAAUAAUAAUAAUAGCAAUAAUCAUUCUAAUGAAAAAAAGUGUAAAGUUUGCGGUGAUCGAGCUGUAAAUCAUAAUUUUGGUCAAUUAACUUGUGAAUCAUGUAAAGCAUUUUUUAGACGUAAUGCCCACAAAGAAUUAACAUGUACAGCGAAAUCCGGAGAACAUGUAAUCACACCAACUACUCGUCGCGAAUGUCCAUCGUGUAGAUUAAAACAAUGUUUUCGAGUUGGUAUGAGACCAGACCUUAUACAAGUUCGUAAAAAAGACGGAAGUAAACCACGAUGGUUGGAUAAAGUUCCACGUGCAGCUAUUGUUCAUGAACAACAUUUACAAUCUUCUGAAGCAUUACAAUGGUCAACAAAUAUUAAUAGUACUACGUUUCACAAUAAUAAUCACAGUGAUAAUAAUAAUAGUAAUAGUAAUAGUAAUGGUAAUAGUACAAUUAAUAAUUCUAAUCAUCGCAUAAAAUACCGCUUAAAUCCUGAUAAAUUUUCUAAAAAUAAAACGAAAGAAUUGAAGCCUCAUCUAACUGAACAUCAGCCUAUAGAUAUCAACAAUAAUAAUAAUAAUAGUAAUCGUAAUAAUAAUAAUAACAAUAAAGAAAACAAUAUAAGCUGUAUGGAAAAAUCGAUUAAUUUGAAAAGAUUCAACAUUAACUCGAAUGAUUCGGUAGAAAUCCUGUCAGAUCCUUCAUAUCCUUCUAUCCUUAAUCCUCAUCAGCAACAUCAUUAUCAUCAUCAUUCAACUUCUAUUUCACCUCGUUCCCAUCAUCAUCAUCAUCAUCAUCAACAGCGUCAACAAUAUGUAGAAGAAGAAGAAGUGACUAAUGAUGACCGAUUAAAUGAUUAUAUUAUGUGCGUAACAUCAAGUCCAUCAUUGAAUACAUCAAAUAUUUUAAAUAAUGUUCAUUAUUCAAUCACUGAAAAUAAUCUUGAUAAAGACUUAAUUGUAAAUUCAGUAACCACUGAAAUAAUUACUGAUAACAAUACUAAUAAUAGUACAAGUGAUAGGACAAGUCCUAGAAUAACAACUACCAUAGCAACUAAUUAUUUUCCAGCUGAUACAGUUUUUCAUUUCAAUAGUUUAAUCAUUCCAAAUUCAUGUCAAAAUAAUAAAUACGGUGAUAUCAAUUUAACUGAAUGGAAAACAUCAUCGGAAAAUGGUGACAAUAAUGAAACUACUAUAAACAAUGUCAACUGUAUUACGUCCUCACCAUUAUUAUCAUCAUCGUCUCUUAUCAUACCAUCUACAACGACGUUGACAGAAGCGACAGUAGCGAUGGUAAAAGUAACUUCUGGUAGUACUGUUACAAAUACCAAGAAAACAACGAUAGCAAAUACAAGAAUUAAUAAUAAUGAUGAUAAGCAACCUUCAUCGAAUUUACUUUACACAGAACAUUAUCAUCAUCACCAAAAUGUGGACUUCAGCACUUUGAAUGAUAUCAAUCACUUAGAUGACCUCAUUCUAUUAACUGAUUCUACUGAAUUGAUUGAACAACAAGAAAGUACAAAUCAAUUAAAACCACCUUCGAAAAUUCUAUCACCAUCAGCUUUUACACAACCACCACCACCAACAACAACAACAACAACACCACCACCACCAAUGACAACAACAACAUCUUUAACCUCGGCAAUAAUAUUACAUAAUAAUUUAUCUAAAAAUAAUUUAAUGUGCAAUUUUAUGAAUGAUCAUUCAAUUGUUUCACCCUGUAUAACAUCUAGCUUAAUGUAUUCAACUGAUACAUUAAUUAUACCUAAUAUAUCGAAUAUACCAAAUAGUUUAACAGAAAUGUGUAAACAUUCAAAUGUUACACCAUUAUGGAGUACUUCAUCAAUAGAUGAACAAUUCACAAUACCGAUAAUCACUACACAACAAAAUGAAUCUUUGUUAUCAACUUAUUCAACAAAUAGUAAUCAUAAUAAUAAUUCAGUCGAUCAAUCUUUAGAAUGUAUUUCAAUAAAUAGUCAUGAUAAAUUAUCAUUUGAUUUAUCAUUAAAAACUACAAUGAAUUCAUUGUCAAGUGAACUAUCUCCAUUAUUACCAACUUCUUCUGUUUCCUUGUUCUCUUCUUCUUCUUUGUCGUCGUCGUCGUCGUCGUCAUCAUCAUCAUCAUCAUCGUCGUCUAUUUCAAUUAGAUGCAAUGAACUACAAUUAAAUGUGAAUUCUAUUAAAUCUUUACAAUUUGAACAAAACAGUAAUAAUAAUAAUAAUAAUUACACGAAUACUAAUUACAUCUUACCGGUUGAUUUAAAUAAUAUACUAUUCUUGAAUGAAAGUAAAUUAUCAGAUGAUUAUCCAAUAAUAAGUAUUCCCGAUAGUGACAAUAAUAAUAAUAAUAAUAAUAAUAAUUCUUGGUCAAAUCUGAAUCAUCAUCAAUUGGAUUCAAAUAAACCAGAAUUACAAACAAAAUGUGAACAAAUUUUCACUGUUCUAAACAAAAAUGAUAAUGAAAUUGAUGGCAUGUCUGGUGUUUUCCAAAAUAAAAAUCAAUUAUAUAAUGAAAAUACCAUAACUAUUCCAAUAAAUUUAACUAAAGUAAAGAAAUCAUGGUCAAAUAUAUGGCAAAAUGGAUUCAUUCCAAAUCCUGAAAAAAUUGAUUUAAAUUUAGAUUACACUGAAUAUCCUACAUUGAAAUGGUGUCUUACAAUAGCUAAUAUAUGGAGUGAUUUAUUUCUACGUCGUAUUUCAGUAUUUGCAAUGUCAUUAUUAGGUGAUCUUAUACAAGAUAAUAAUAAUUAUGAUGAUAAAAUGGGAUCUUUGUCAAGUUGUCAUAACAACAAUAAUCAUGAACAUGAGGAUAAUAAUCAAAGCAUUAAUGAAUCUAAUAUAUACAUUUCAACAAAUGAAUAUUUUAAUGAUUGUAAUCAAAUUCAUGGAUUAUUUCAAAAUGAAAGAGAAAAUAAUAUAAAUCAUGUAUUGAAUGAUAUGAAUGAUCCAUAUUUAACAUGGGAUGAUAUGUUAUGGAUAGCAAAAAAUCGAUUUACAGAUUGUGUCCCCGUUUUAUUAAUUGGUUGUUCUUUGUUGGUUAACAAAACUGUGAUACCAUCAUCAUCAUCAGCAGCAGCAUCGUCGUCAUCAUCAACAUUAUUAUCAACCAAUUUUAAUCAAGAAACCCCAACAGAUUUAAAUCAUUCAAGUAACCAUUUUUCAAUUGGUAACAAUAAAUUCACUGAUGAUUUAGAAAAACUAUCAUUUCAGUGUUCAAUUAAUCAUCAUCAUCAUCAUAAUAAUAAUAACAAAGAUGGGGAUCAUUGUUUAAUAUCCUCCUUCUCAUCAUCAUCAUCGUCGUCUUCGUCGUCGUGCUCGUCAUCAUCAUCAUCAUCAACCAGAAUAACGACAUCAAAUAAGAAAUAUAAUACAAAAUUAAUAUAUUUUCAAACAGAACCUAAUUGUGUACAUGUUUUAGAUUUAACAAAAUUAAGUAAUGCUUUAGGAGAUUUAAGUACAGAAGACUCACUUAUCAAUACUACUACUACUAAUACUACUGAUAAUCAUAAUAAUAAUAAUAGUAGUAGUAAUGGCAAUAAUCAUAAUAAUAAUGGGAUAAUUCAUUCUAAAAUUGUAAAUCAUCAUCAUCAUCAUCAUAAUAAUAAACAAGUCGCUUAUCCAAUAUUAAAAUAUCUUGAUGCUUAUAUAUCUCAAUUAAGUAGUUUCUUAGCUCAUCAUCCAUUAUUAUUAAGUGCAUAUAUGGCAUUAAAAUUAACUGAUCCAAUAUUAAUAAAAAAUGAAGAAAUUUCUGAUCAAAUUAUAAAUGAUUCUCAUUUCAAUCAUAUAAAAUAUGAAUGGAAUAUAAUUAAAAUUAAACGUAAUCAACGUUUACAACGUUUACAUGAACAUUUUUUAAAUUUAUUUCAUGAAGCAAUUGAUAUUGUUGCUAUGGAAACAACACAAUUAAAUAUUGAUUUACAAAUGAAUAAUCAUAAUCAAUAUAUCAAUAAUAAUAAUAAUAAUAAUAAUAAUAAUACAACAUUUAUAUCACAAGAGAAAAUUGCUGCCAAUUCACGACGUAUUAUGUUAACAGAAUUUUUAGAAUGGAGUCGUGAAUUUGAUGCUACAUGGCAUCAUUUUCAAUAUGAUAUAUGGAAACAAGUUAGAAUGAAACAAACUAUAGAAUUAUUAUAUCAUAAUAAUGAAAAUGAUGAAUAUAAAAUAUCAAAAGGAUUAAAUGGAUUAUUUAAUAAACAAUUAAAAUUGAAUGAAAAUGAUUUAUUCAGUAUAUUAUGGGAUGCUAAAAAUGAACAAUCAUUCACUAUGUAGUAGCAUAUUAAUGUUAAUCAUGAUGCCGAUGAUGAUGGUGAUGAUGGCGAUGAUAAUGCCGAUGAUGAUGUGGUUGAAAUUUCGUGAUAUUUACUUCAUGUGAUCAUCAAAAUGUCUUCCAAAAUUGAUUUAUUUUCAUUUAAACAAAAAACAAAAGAGAAUUCCUUAUCUUAAUCUACUCUAAUAUAAAACAAUAUUCUGCUGAAUAAUUGUGACGUUUGGAGAAUCAGAGAAGUAUACACUCACACACACACACACACACAUACACAUAUAUACCUACAGAGAGAGAGACAGAGGGAGAGAGAGAGAGAGAGAAAGACAUAGGAAGGAGACUAAAACUUGAGAAAGAAUCCCUUACAUAAUUGUACAGAUAGACAAUCUUAAUCAUAUAUGCUUGUAUAAUUUAGAACAGAAUAACAAAUUAAACAUGAUCCAAAUAAAGAUAUUCCUUCUUUUUUUCUCUCUUCACAUUCACAUAUAUAGAUCACUGCAAAUACAGUAACGACAUGUAAUAAUAAUAAUAAUGAUACGUUGCAAUUUACAAAUUCACUAUUUUCAGUACACAAACUAUUUAAACAAGAAUACAGAAAUCGUUUGUUUUUUUUAAAAAAAAAAUUUCUCCCGCCUUUUUUUCGUUUCUAUUUGUACUCAUGUGUGCACGUACAUGCGCACACACAUACACACACACACAUAUAUAUACUCACACUCAUAUACAUAUAAUCAUUAAAUAAUUCAUGAAUAGUAAUUGUAUGAUAUAGUGAAUUGUGUUCUUUCUAGCAAUUGCUCAAUGGAAACUAAUGUAUUUUGGUUUUGUUAAUAACUCUGUUUUCUUUUUCUUUUUCUUUUCUUCAGUAGUAUAUAUUGUAUUUACUUUAUAUUAAUAUUAAUCUGUCAUUGUUUGUUUGCAUUUUGUUUGAGUCAAAAGUCUUCUAUUUCUGUUUUUGUUUUCUUUCUUUUUCUUCUUUAUUACAGUUGCCUGGUUAGUUCGAAGUUCCUUUUUCUCUUUCCAAUAUGUAUUCCUUUAAAUAUUUUAGAUCUAUCAAAGUGCCUUCAAUAAUUUGUCAGAUUAUCAUUUUCUUCUUUAUCUUCUUCUUGUUUUUUGCAUUUUAUUCUUAAGUUAUAACAAUACAGUGUUGUUUUUGUUUUGAUUAUAAUCAUUUCUUCUAUCUAUUUUCUUAAAUGAAUCUUUAUAUAAUAGAUAAAAAUAGUUACCAUGGCUACAAUCAUUUUAAGCGUGUCUCUAUUCAAACAUAAUGUACAUGCUUAAAAAAAGCCAAUAGUAUUCAAUUCAUUUAAUGUUAAUAAGAAAUUUCGAAUUGGAUUAUUUGUAAUUCCAUAAAGAUGUUUGUCUAACUGGGGAUUGUUUUCUUUUUUUUUCCGAGGAAAGUAACGAUUACAUCAUAUUUUUCUGAUAUCAGUAUUAAGUGCCCUUCUGAUGUCUAGGUACAUACAUAUAUAUACAUAUAUAUACAUAUUGAUUUUUCGGUUACUUCUAAUCGAUGAACAUAUUUCACGAUUUUGCAUUUGGUUUUCUUGGUUAUUUUGUUAUGAAUUAGCCAUCUAUUUAAGUACUACUGCAAUGAACAUUAAUAUUCUGAUGAUGAUGAUGAUAAUAAUAAUAAUAAUAUAAGCAGUAGUCAUAGUUAUAUAGUAAUAUUGUACUGACUUUUAUUGUACUCAAAUCAAUAUCUUUGUGUUUUGUUGAUAAAUCUACGUUUUGUUUUUGUUUAUAUAUACAUACAAUAUUAGUAAGUUUUUGAAAUCCAAUCAAUAAACAAUGUUCUAGGCAUCUUUAUUUUCUUUUGUCUUUCUUUUUCUUUUCUUUUCUUUCUUUUAUGUUUGUUCUUUUCUUUUUUUUUAAAAAGAAAUCCUUCUUAUUGUAUACAAUUUUGUUGCCUUAUAUUCAAUAAUUCAUUUCAAUUGUGCCUUAUUAUUAUUAUUGUAUAUGUAUCUUUAUUGUACUUCAACUUCAACAUUAUUCAAUUGAAAUUGAAUUCAUUGAACAAGUUACAAAAAAAAGAAAGAAAAAAAAGAAAGAAAAAAAAGAAAAAAGGUACUAAUUUUCUUCUUCUUCUACUUUUUUUUCAUUCUGGUUUAUAGUUUGUAUUGUUCAGUUCAUUUCAACUAUGCGACGUUUAAAUUUUAAAGUCGCGCCAGUUGAUUUUUCAACAAAAAAAAAAAGAAGAGGAAAGAAAAUUAUUUGUAUAAAUCAAUGAAAGGAAAGAAAUAAGAAAAAAAAAGAAAUAGAAUUUUAAUUAAUAAAAAUAAACGUUUGUUAUAAAUUGGAAUGUUGCUUUUUUUUCUUCUUAAAUUGAACUGCUACGUAGGUAUAUGAUAAAAAGUAAGCUAACCAACUUGUUCAUUAGUCAACCAGAUAGAUAGAUAGACAGAUAGAUAGAUGUGUGGACAGAUAGACAGUUAUGACUGUCUGAUACUGGUGGAAGUUUUGUUGAGACUUUAGGUCCCGACAGUUGUUGCUACCUUAACGUGGUGGUCGAGCUUGCCUAUCGUGAUCAAGCAACCAAGCUAUACUGACUGGAACAACCAUUCCUCAAGGUCCUACCAUGUUAGACAGGUCGGUUGAAGAGCGGUA